GAUGUCUUGCACAAGAAGAGUCAAGAAGAUGCCUCAACCACAAUCUGUAAAACUGGAUGACCACGGGACACCCUGAUCAGCCCGCUUUUCAUAUUCGGUAAGAUAAAUUGCUGCCCGCGGCGGUGGUCGAUCUGCCGAUUACAGGUUCGCUCAAGCGUGGGGGGUGUGGGAGGUGAACAUUAGUCAGGACUCGGUCUGUGCAUGAUGUGCAGGGCCAAUACCUAUCUAAGGUACUCCGUACAGUACCUAGUAACCUUUGUCACGGCAAGACAAAAUAAUAAUCGAGCAAUUGAUCGAUCGGGCCGCACGCAGGCAGUCCAAAGCCCGUGGUCACCGACAGGACCCCGCAAGGGCCGCCUCCCAAAAAAAAGUUCCACAUGCAUGCCGUGGUUGGUUGGUCUGCGCGGAGUCCCAACUUGGAGGGACGAUCGUCGGACAAGCUGCAGGAAUUCAGGCGAUGUCAACGCAAGUCCCGACAUAUGGUGCGUGUAUUGGUACUCCAUACUGCUACCUCCCUCUGUAUUUUGGAGACCGGCCAACCGUGCGACUACCAUCACUUUAAUUCUGAGACAUUCGAGAUCGAGAUCCAUCCGAGUCAUUCAAGGGAUUUGCAAAGGAGGCAAUGGAAAUCCUGCGAGCAAGAUACAGUCGAUACGGGGCAGCGCGAUACCCGCAAGACUCAGGUGGAGAGAGGGGUCCCGGGGGUCUUCUGGUUGACGGAAACUCAUGCAGGGGGAGGGAUCAUGUGAUAUCAUCACUGUUUGGCAUCCUACCCAGAACAGGAUU